AUGUUUUGGAGGGAUCGGGAAAGAGAGAGCAAGGAGCUUAAUGGUGGUCCACCGUGUGGUCUGGUUCGUGUUCUUGUUGUUGGUGAUUCAGGUGUGGGGAAAACUUCGCUUGUGAAUCUGAUAGUCAAAGGCUCUUCCUCUGGACGCCCUCCUCAAACUGUUGGAUGCAAUGUUGAUGUCAAGCACAUUACUUAUGGAAGUAGUGGCAGCUCUUCCAGCAGCAUGAAAGGUGAUGGUGAGAGAGAUUUCUUCGUGGAGCUUUGGGAUGUGUCAGGUCACGAGCGCUACAAAGAUUGUAGGUCUCUUUUCUAUUCCCAAAUUAAUGGAGUUAUAUUUGUUCAUGAUCUCUCACAGAGAAGGACGAAAACAAGCUUGCUACAAUGGGCUUCAGAAAUUGCAGCAACUGGAACCUUCUCUGCCCCUUUGGGUUCUGGGGGUCCUGGCGGUCUCCCUGUACCCUACAUUGCUAUUGGCAAUAAAGCUGAUGUGGCAGCAAAGGAAGGCACAAGAGGAAGCAGCAGCAACCUGGUUGAUGCUGCUCGCCAGUGGGUUGAGAAGCAAGGACUGCUCCCAACCAGUGAGGAACUUCCAUUGACUGACAGCUUCCCGGGCAGCACAGGACUGCUUGCUGCUGCAAAAGAAGCAAGAUAUGACAAGGAAGCUGUGAUAAAGUUUUUCCGUCUGUUAAUCCGGAGAAGAUAUUUCUCAGAUGAAUUAGUCAGCACUCCUAGUCCAUGGUCAGCUUCUCCAGCUCAGAGGUCACAGCAACGUCUUGAUGAAGAUAUAACCGAGGAGAACCAGUUUUACAGGGGCACGAGUCUGGGUGGUGAUCCAUACAAAUACAACAGUAUACCUCCCUUGCCUGCACAGCGAAAUCUGACGCCACCUCCCACGCUCUAUCCUCAGCAACCAGUUUCCGUGAUGGAGAACUACAACUUCCCGAGGUUCCCCUCAUUGGGUUCUCAAGAAAUCAGCAGCAGCAGUACGAGGUCGAAACGGUUGGACAUUAACGUAUGA